AUGAUUUUUGUAUCAAAUAAUUAAUAUUUGUAAAAUCACUAAUAAACACAUCCUUUUAAAUCUAAUUAUAAUCGCACUCACAAUUAAUCAAUUAUAGAUGAAUAAAAAUAUCAUUAAUUUUAAACUAGGUUAAAAAAUUUUUCAUUUACAACAAUAAUUUAUAUACGUUAUCUUCUUUACCGUUUAAAAAUACAUUAUAGUUAUGCUAAUUUAAAACCAAAUUAAAUAUUUCUUAUUAAUGAUAAGUCCUACCCUUAUAUUUAACACGAUAACAUUUAAUAGUAGCAUUUAAAAGAAAAUCUAAAUUUUAUAAGGAAUAAAAUUAUAUAAUUUUUAAUUAAACUCUUUAAAAAUAUUAAAAAGACUCUAAAUAAGAUACCUUUAAUAACCCCAAAUAACAAAUAUAAGCUUUUUUGGGAUUUUCUUGUAGGUAUUUCUUAUAUUUUAAUGUUUUUUAUAAUUCCGGUUCAUAUAGCUGUAAAAUAAUAAAUUGAAACUUUAUUUCCUUAAUAUUUAAUAUAUAUAAGCUUUGCAAUAAUAAUACUUGAUAUGUUAGUUUCUUUGAAUACUGGCUAUUAUUCAAAAGGAUUUAUAGUAUCUGAUAGAUAAAAAGUCAUUUUAAAUUACAUAAAAAACUGUCUAAAUGGUGAUUUAAUAGCAUUUUCCCCUUUUUUAUUUGAUAUUUGGUUUAAUAAUUAGUUUAAUUUAUUUAUAGGUAUUUCUAAGAUGCUUUUUUUUAUUAAACUUAAUAAUGUUUCACGAAUAUUUAAAAGAAUAGAAGAGUCUUUUAAUUUAUCGCCUUUAAAAAAUAACAUUAUUUCUAUUUUGAAAAUUCUUUUUUUUAUAAUUUUUGUAGCCCAUAUUUUUUCUUGUGGAUGGAUUUUAAUUGGGGUAUAUACGCAUCAUCCAACUUAAAAUUGGAUGUAUAAUAAAAAAAUUCACAACUAAAUAUGGAAUUUAUAAUAUAUAAAUGCUUAUUAUUUUACCAUUAUUACCAUGAUUACAGUUGGAUAUGGAGACAUAACGCCUUAAAAUGACGAUGAAAUGAUUUUAUGCGUAAUUACGACAUUAUUUGCCUGCUGCAUUUUUGCAUAUUCUGUAAAUUAAAUAGGUAAUAUUUUUUAAGAUAUGUUUAAACAUUAAAAAGAGAUGCGUAAUAAUUUAUAUACUAUAAAUUGUUAUAUGGAAAAGAAAAAUAUUAGCUAAGAGCUAAGGUUUAAAAUUAGAGAAUAUUUAGAUUAUUUUUGGGAAAAAAAAUACCAAGAUUAAUCUUUAGUUGAAGAAAACUUAAUAAAUUAAUUACCAGAGAGUAUUAAAAAAGAACUUAUUUUAGAGGCUAACAGACUUGUGUUGGAAGAAAACCCGAUUUUUAAGGAAAAUUUUAGUCAAAAUUCAAACUAGAUGAUAUGUUCAAUUAUAAAAGAGCUGAAUUAUCCUCCUGAAUAUGUGAUUUAAAAUGAAGACUAAACUGAUGAUUGUGCAAUUUAUUUUAUUUAAAAAGGAAAAGUUUAAGUCUAUAAAAGCAUAAAGAAAUCGAAUGGAGUAGUAUGUGAAGAGAAGUUUUAAGUUUUGGAAAAAGGAUAAUAUUUUGGUACAUAGAGUUUUUUUACAGGACAAGCGAGAAAAUUGAGUGUAAAAAGUUUAGAUUUUUGCUAAAUUUUGAUUGUAAAAAGGAACGAUUUUAUAAAUAUUAUUAAAGAUUUUAGUGAAGAUUUUGAAAGGUUCUGUAUGAUAAAGGAUUAGUUGAUUUUUGGGGAAAAUAAAAAGUUUCUUUUUUAAAAAUGUUUGAGUUGCUUUAAAGAUUCGCAUUCAUUUUUGGAAUGCCAAGAUGUCCAUUUUGUACCGGAUAAAAUUAAGGUUAUAUAAUAGGUUAAUUUUUAGAAUUUAAAUUUCAAAAGAAUUUUUUGGCAAAGGAAAAAUUAUUAAUUUAAAAAGUUUUAUUUUUAAAAUUUUUUAUUUUUAUAUAAAUAUUUAUAUAUAGGUUUAAUACAAAAAAAUAACUUAAAGAUGUAGUUUCGAAAGGAUUAAUAUUUAUGGAAAAUAAUGAAAGUUUUAUUCUUGAUUAAAGUUGGUUAGAAUCUAAUAAUAAUAGUGUUUAAAGGUAUUUGUUUAUAAAUAUAAUUUUUUUUUUUUUUUUUUAAAUAUUAAGUUAAAUUUCAUAUUCUUCUCUUUCUAAAGAUGAUAAUAGAAAUUUUGAAUAAUAAUUUUCAUCUGAAGAAAAUGAAAAAAAUAAACAAAUAAGAAAUAAAAGCCAAACUAAAAUACAAAAUAAAAUAAGUAAAUAUAAUAAAAGCAAAAACGAAGGAAAAAUUUAUACAUUUAAUAUAAAAAACAAACUAAAAUAAACAUAACUAUUUAAUUAUGAAUAAAAAGAAGAAUAAAAUAAAAAAUUCUUACAAAAUAAACAUUAAAUAAAAUUAUCAAAAAAAUAGACUCUAGAUGCAUUCUAAUAAAAAUAUGAAGAAGAUUAAGAUUUCGAAAAGAGUUAUUUUAAAAUUGAAAACUUCUAAUAAAAAUCAUUAAAUUCAAUAACUAAAAUACAUGAAAAUCAACUAAAAAAAUACUUUUAACCUGAAAAUAUUUAAAUAAAUGAAUUAACAAUAAGUAGAAUUCAUGAAAAUUAAUAAAAUUCACAAAUAAAGGAAUUUUAGCCCGAAAAUAUUUAAAUAGAUGAAAUUUUAUAAUAGAAUGGAAAUUUGA